GCAUAAAAAAUAAGAAGUAAAAAAAAAGUAAAAAAAAAAAUAAAAAAAAAUAAAGCUAAAAAACAGAUGUGACGAGCGCAACACUCUGCUUCCACGAAUUGCGAACAUACUCGCCCACCCCCAAAGCAUUUUUCACCCCUCCGGAGGAACAUACGAUUUAUGGUUAAACUGAUUGUCAGACAUUGAUUGUACUGCCAGUCUCCAUAAAAGAAAGGACAGUCGAGCAUUUGAAUACAUAUAUACUUAUUUCUUUUUCCCAAACGGACGUUUUUAAACUUUUUUUAAUCUUACCGAGUAGAGCAAAAUGGCGAAACUAUCCAAAGCGCAGAAGAAACAGAUUUACAUCGAGAAGCUGAGUUCGCUGAUUCAACAGUACACGAAAAUUUUGAUCGUACACGUUGACAAUGUAGGGUCCAAUCAGAUGGCGAGUGUACGUCAGAGCUUGAGAGGAAAGGCCACAAUAUUGAUGGGAAAAAACACGAGAAUUCGAACGGCACUGAAGAAAAAUUUACAAGCUGUUCCCCAGAUAGAGAAGUUGUUACCAUUGGUCAAGUUGAACAUGGGUUUUGUUUUUUGCAAAGAGGAUUUGACCGAAGUGAGGAAUAUCAUUUUGCAGAACAAAUCGCCUGCACCAGCAAGGUUAGGUGUUAUAGCCCCCAUUGAUGUUUUCAUUCCACCUGGACCAACAGGAAUGGACCCCUCUCACACAUCCUUCUUUCAAUCGCUUGGUAUAUCAACCAAAAUUGUGAAGGGUCAAAUUGAAAUUCAGGAACAUGUUCAUUUGAUUAAGCAAGGGGAAAAGGUCACAGCAUCGUCAGCUACUCUUUUGCAAAAAUUUAAUAUGAAGCCAUUUUCAUAUGGUGUGGACGUUAGAACUGUGUACGAUGAUGGUGUUAUAUACGACGCCAAGGUGUUAGACAUAACAGAUGAGGAUAUUUUAGCCAAAUUCGGAAAGGGUGUUGCUAACAUCGCGGCGUUGUCUAGAUCGAUCGGUGUGCUGACUGAGGCUUCCUACCCACAUGUGUUUGUGGAGGCGUUUAAGAACAUCGUCGCGUUGGUAAUUGAUACGGACUAUACCUUCCCUCUGAUGAAGAAGAUCAAGGAUAUGGUUGAGAAUCCGGAGGCCUACGCUGCUGCUGCGCCUGUGGCUGCGGCCGCGGCGGAUGCGCCCAAGAAGGAGGAGGCCAAGAAGCAGGAGGAGGAGGAAGAGGAGGAGGAGGACGGCUUCAUGGGUUUCGGAAUGUUCGACUAG